AUGUCGACAAAGUACGCGCUCUUGUCGCUUCCUCUCGGCGUCUUCGACUCCAGCGAUAGAGAGGAAGCCAUUUCGUCCCUGCGCGGCACCAUCUCCUCCGACAAUGGCUCCGUUCUGCCGUUCAGCAUCCCCGACUUCAAGAUCGGUACCCUCGACGCUCUCGUCCAGCAGGCGGAUGACUUGGCCAAGCUCGAGGCUUCGUGCCAAGCUGUCGUGGCCAAGGUUGGCGACUCACUAAAGAACGUCCUCGAGGGUGACGAAGACCGCAUCGCCCAGUACAAGAUGGUCAACGAUAAGCCCACCGAUCAGUAUCUCAGCACUUUUAGUUGGAAUAGGAUCCGAUACCGAGCUGACAAGUCCCUGGGCGAGCUCAUCAGCACCCUCCAGAAGGAGCUUGCGACCGUUGACAACGACGUGAAAACAAAGUUCAAUCAGUACAACUCUGUCAAGACAAAUCUCGCGACCCUGCAGCGCCGCCAGACUGGUAACCUGUCUACCAAGUCCUUGACCCCCAUCGUCGACCCGUCUCUCCUCAUUCAGGAUUCCGAGUACAUCGAGACGCACCUCAUCGUCGUGCCGGCCAACUCGAAGAAGGAUUUCAUCAAGAGUUACGAAACACUAGCCCCCAUGGUGGUCCCUCGAUCGUCGGUUCAAGUCGCCCAGGACGAGGAAUUCGUCCUGUUUGCCGUCGCAACUUUCAAGAAGCACAGCGCCGAGUUCCUGGCAAAGUGUCGAGAGCAGAAGUGGACGCCACGCCAGUACAAGCACGUUCAGGGCGGCCGAGAAGAGGAGCAGCGAGAGCUCGACCGAGUCACCAACGAGGAGCGCAAGGUGUGCGGAGAGGCUUUGCGCAUGGGACGCACAGGAUGGAGCGAGAGCGUCAUGAUCUGGGUUCACGUCCUGACAUUGCGCGUCUUUGUCGAGGCUGUUCUCCGCUAUGGACUUCCCCUGGAUUACGUGACCGCCCUGGUCAAGACGACAACCAAGCUUGCGCCCAAGGUCAAGACGGCUCUGGACUCCAACUACUCAUACCUUGGAGGUAACGCAUUCGGCAGGGACAAGCGUGGUAAGAUCACCAAGGACGACGCUGCGUUGAGCUCGGAGAUGGCAGCGGCGGGAUUCCAGACCGGAGAGGGCCACGAGUACACGGCGUACGUCUACUACGAAGUCGAGUUUCCUUGA